UCCACUCUGAAACUUAAAGAUAAAGACGCCCAGAGAGAGAGAGAUGACCGGCAGGGUAGUUCUUCACGGAGUGUGGGCUAGUCCGUACAGCAAGAGGGUGGAGCUAGCUCUGAAAGUAAAAGGGAUUGAGUAUGAGUUCGUGGAAGAAGAUUUUACGAACAAGAGUGAAGCCCUCUUGCGGUACAAUCCUGUUCACAAGAAAGUUCCUGUUCUUGUUCACAACGGCAUGCCCAUCGCCGAGUCGCUGCUCAUCAUCGAGUACAUCGACGAGACUUGGAAGGAGGGUCCUCGCCUCUUGCCCCAAGAUCCCUACGAAAGAGCCAAAGUUCGCUUCUGGGCUGGCUUUCUCCACCAGCAGCUGUCUGAGGCCAUGGCCUCUGUGAUCAAAACUGAUGGAGGAGCGCAAGAGAGAGCUGUCAAGGAAGUGCAUGAGAAACUGAGGGUGUUGGAAGAGGGAAUCAACGGAAGUUAUCCUGGGGGAUCACCAUUUAUCAAUGGCGACGGCAUGGGACUACUAGACAUUGUUGUCUGCUCAAUAUUGGGUGCUCAUAAAGUUCAGGAAGAAGUCCUCGGCAUAAACUUUCUGGAUCCAGAGAAGUAUCCGACAGUAACCUCUUGGGUGAAAGCUCUAAUCGAGUUGCCAUUGGUGAAAGAGGCAAUGCCUCCUCAUGAGAAGCUGGUGGGUGUCUUUCAAUUCUUCAGGGCUAGGGCUCUUGAAUCUGCAGCAGCUUGAUGCUUAGAAUGGUCUCCUUCAUAAUAAAGAUUGGAACCUCGUUUGUUACACCCGCAUGUUAUAUUUGAUUGCGCUUCUAUAUAAUCCAUAUGUUUUGCGGAAUAAGAUAUAGCCCAAUAAAGUUUACUUCA